CAAAAUUUCAAAAUCGUCUCUCAAUUUUAAAACUCAGAAACAAAGAAAACCCAGAUUUCUUUUUUCUUUUUUGGAAAGAAAAAUGGGGGAUUGCAGGCCAUUGGGGUUCUUACUGGGACUUCCUUUCGCCCUCAUUGCACUGGUUUUAGCCGUCGUUGGAGCUGUUAUAUGGGUUCUUGGGACCAUAUUGAGUUGCAUUUGCCCAUGCUGUAUUUGCUGUGCUGGACUUGCGAAUUUCGCUGUGGAUCUUAUCAAGCUUCCCAUUAGAGUUCUUAGAUGGUUCAUCGAUCAAAUCCCAUGUUGAUUAAUUUGGUAUUAUUUGAUUCUUUUCUUUUUAAGUUUGUGAUUGUAGAAUGUAGAUUGUUAGACGAUGUGAUUUUAUGAACGCCAUUGUUGUUGAUGAUUAACAAAGCUUGAGAAUUUGAUUCUUGAGUGCUUUC